AUUGCAGCUAUAGUUUUAGAGAAUUCGCGAUCAAAAUUUUUUCUUGCUGAUUAGGAAAAGAAGAAAAAUAAAAUUGUACAGUCGAAACUUAAAAUCUUCGAGAGAAUAACCUACGAAAUCUUUUUACCUUUUAUAUGUAAAAUUGAUUUCUGAGCCACCGUAUAAAUAUUAAAGAAGUGUUAGAUGCGACGAUGCGUAAAUCGCAAAUGCGUGAUUGCACAUUUAUUGCAAUGUCUAUAGUGAAUUUUAAAAUACCUUCACAGCGCUUCUUUCCAGAAGAGUUGUCACCGCGAACUGGUAAUCUUAACGAGAAGGAAAGGAUGAUCGGGCUUGGUAGAGUCGAGAAUAUUCUCAUCAUGAACAUGUGCUAAUGCAUUGUGACGUCAAGGCAUAAUAUAUCACGUGCUCCAAACACCAUUAGCAUAAGCAUGUGACUGGUGCGGUAGCGAUCGGCUCGCACGUCGGAAUCGAGUCGCAUGAAAAAAAAAGAGCUGCGCCUCACGAAAAGUGGAGUAGUUAUCCGAUGAGCGUAACGCGACUCGAGCGAAUCUCGAACGCUCGACGAAGGAAUCGCGAGUGCCGGUCAUGAGUGACCUCCGCGUGAAGCGAUAUCGAGGAAUAAUCACCUGUUAAGAGCCGCUAUGAAGAGAGAAGCGUAACGCGAGCGAGCGUCAAAAGAAUUUGCUUUGGACAUGCUUUGGACGAAGAUAACAUGAGGUUCUCGUGCUUCCCGAGGGCCAACAUCCUCGGGCAGAGGGGUAGCAUUAAUCUCACCCCUCUGCCGGGCUACGAGGACUCCACCAGCUUCACUAUAGGCGUCGUACGUCUUAUUAACAUACGUCCGUUACCUGGUACCUUGCCGGCGGUAGCUGUAAAUGGUACCGGUCCAUCGUCGUCCGCGUCAUCCUCAUCGCUCACAAAAGUCAUAGUGUCGUCACCGCCGUCUGAAGCCAAUCAUGUCAAUCAUCUCCCAACACAUCAAGAGCAACCCGAAGAAGAUGUGACUUCUGUGAACAAUGACGAACAGCAAGUGAAUAAUCCAAGGGGUGGCGUCAUCGGAAGAACGCCGACGCCACCCUCGGCACCGACGCCCGUAUACGAGAAAGAUGCCAGGAGUGCGAGGCAAAUCAAAAGGGCCAUUUUGGAGAACGAAUUUCUGGGUAAUCUUGAAGAAAACCAAGUGGAAGCGCUCGUCUCCGCUAUGUACCCCAAACAAAUUCCCGCUAAUACUUUAGUCAUCCGCGAGGGCGAUAUGGGCUCGCACUUGUACGUGUCAGCAGAAGGAGAUUUCGACAUUUACGAGGGAAACAAAUUCCAAAGAACUUUCGGACCAGGAGUUGCAUUUGGAGAAAUUGCUCUAUUAUACAACACGAAAAGACUUCGAUCUAUUAGCGUAAAAAAAGCUGGAAAAGUAUGGGUGCUCGACAGAUCAGUAUUUCUAACUAUAAUGAUGAGAACAGCUCAGGAACAACUGGAGGGUAACAUCCGCUUCCUCCAGCGCGUUUCCGUUCUCCAAAAGCUUCCAGAACCAAAGGACCACGUGCUCGCAAAGAUAUCCGAUCUCAUAAGAGUAGAAUUUUUCCCGGCUGGCGCGAAAAUACUGCGGCAGGGCGAGAAGGGUGAGAAAUUCUACAUAAUCAGCGGCGGCAACGUGCGGAUCACCAAAGACACCGAGUACGGCGGCGAGGAGGAACUGGUGGUCCUCGGCAAGGGAGAAUAUUUCGGCGAAUUGGCUCUCUACGACGACGAGGGUGAACGACGUGCCAACGCGAUCGCGCUUGCACCUGGUGUCGAAUGCUUGACCCUCGACAGAACGUCAUUCCUGAAUUACCUGGGUAGUCUGGAUGAGAUUCGCAACAAGGACUGGUUGGCGGAAUACGAGAAGCAAAAGCGUUCGUUGACCCCGAAAAAGUGGACUAACGAGUAUGCAAGUCUAACCUUGAUCGAUCUUGAGACGAAGGGAACGUUGGGAGUGGGUGGAUUCGGUCGCGUUGACCUGGUCACACUCAGGUCCGAUCCGAAUAAGAGCUUCGCUCUGAAGAAACUCAAGAAGAAGGUCAUGGUCGAGCAGCAACAACAAGAACACGUGCUGAAUGAGAAACACAUUAUGCAAGCGUGCGACUCCCCUUUCAUAUGCAAACUUUAUCAGACGUACAAGGAUAACAAGUACGUCUAUUUUCUUAUGGAAGUGUGCCUCGGCGGAGAUGUUUGGACGACUCUUCAAAGGAGGCGUUAUUUCGACGAUGCCACUGCGCAAUUUAUGGUCGGCUGCGUGGUAGAAGCCCUCGAUCAUCUUCACUCGCUAAACAUCGUUUAUCGGGAUCUCAAACCGGAAAAUCUUAUGCUCGACACGCGCGGUUACCUGAAGCUGGUGGACUUCGGUUUUAGUAAGAAAAUUGGUCCCGCCAAAACGUGGACGUUUGCCGGCACGCCCGAGUAUGUUGCACCGGAAAUUAUCUUGAACAAAGGACACGACAGGGCGGUGGAUUAUUGGGCCCUCGGCAUCCUGACGCAUGAGCUCCUCGUUGGUAAGCCGCCUUUCCGCGGAUCCGAUCAUAUGACGACUUAUAACAAAAUCCUAAAAGGUAUCGAGAUGGUCGGUGUACCGAGCAUCGUUGUUAAAAACGCUAGUAAUCUCAUCAAGAAGCUACUCCGCGUGAACCCCUCCGAACGAUUGGGUUAUCAGCGAAAUGGGAUACAAGACAUUCGCGAUCACAAAUGGUUUUCUGGAUUCAACUGGCAAGCCCUUCAAAGAUUGGCUCUACCGGCACCCAUAGUACCAACGGUACGACAUCAACUCGACACACGAAACUUCGAAAGAUAUCCACCUGAUCGCGAUAUUCCGCCAGACGAAUUUUCCGGCUGGGACAUCGAAUUCUGAGAGUUUCAUGUUUCUCAGAUGUAAUAAACGUGGAAAGAACAAUUUCGAAGUGUCUAAAAAUGUAAUCAGAUAUAGACUUGAAAAUAAUUUUGUUGAACCGUCGAAAUAAUUAUGUAGGGCACUCGAGCAUGAGCAAGGCUGCAAAAAAUUUUGACAUUCUAGCCAAUUUGAGUGUCCAACGCAAUUAUUUUGGUGACUCAGCAAAAUUGUUUCAAGCUAAAUUUUUAGACACUUCAGCAAAAUUCGUUCUUUCAAUGAAGCUAAGAAACAGAUACAAAGAUACACUCUUUGCGCUAUUAAAAUAAAUAAUGCAUUUGUUAUCUGUUAAUGUUGUUAUACAAAGAUUGCAGCCAUUUUAUUAAUUGUUAUCAAAAGAAUAAUGACAAAGAUACCAAGAUAACCGUAUCGACACAAUUUCGAGAUGUAAAAACGAAUAACUGCAGAUUAUAGAUUAAGAUGUUUGUUAAUAAUUAAUUAAUUAAUAGAAAGUAACCUUUCCGAAAAAGAAUAUUUACUUUGCAUUUCGAUUAGCUCUUUUAUAAUAUUACAGAAUAUUAUCUCUCUAAAAUCAUUUGUUCAUAAAACUCGUAUAGUCAAUUAAGUUUAACUCUUUUAAUGAACGAAUAAUUUUUAAAAAGUAAUUUACUAAGGUAUGAAAUUAUAUUUUAUCAUUUCUUUAUAAGUAAUCACUGAUAUUCCGAUGUAUUUUAAUUGCAGAUGAAUAUACGUAAUGUUUUAACGACA